AUCACUGGUGCUUCCAUUGAGUUCUCAUGGCGUCCAACACGGUGAGCGCGGAGGCCUUCCGGGAAUUACAAACUCAAAUUGACGGCCAAAUCCAAUCCCAUACGGCCGCCAUGCAACAAUUAAACCAGGCCAUGCAGCAGCUUCAACGAGAUUUGAAGGUGGUGUUGACGGAGAAACGUCCGUACGAGGGACCUCACUCGCGCCGGGAAACGCCUGACAGCUUUGUCGGGUCGGGGAAUUCCAUGACGAAGCUCAAGCUUGAUAUGCCAAAAUGCGACGGGACGGACCCUUUAGGUUGGUUAUUCAAGUCAUUUGCCCUCGCUCGGGAACUGGAGUCCAAGCAUGCCGCAUGGGCUACAUCUCUUGGGACGCGCCCUCGGCCAACGUCGGGGCCCUUCAAUAAGACCCCCACGCAGCCGCUGUUGCCGUUACCAGGGGCGCAGCAACCAGAUGAUAAAUCGCCUGCCGGUCCACCGAUUCGCCGUCUCACUUAUGCUGAAAAAAAGGAACAUGACGCCAAAGGCCUAUGCUAUAAUUGUGAUGAGAAGUGGUCUAAGGGUCAUCGUUGUGGUCGUUUCUUGCUAUUGCUAGAGGAUGACGAGGAGGAUUCCUCGGCAGGGGCUGUGGACGAAACCUUGCUCGUGGCCGACGUUUCAACCUUGAAUAGUAUGGAGGGUGCCACGGCUCCCCGGUCCUUACGCUUGUCGGGUAUGAUUAUGGGGGGCAUCGUUGAUGUUCUCAUUGAUGGUGGGAGUACCCACAACUUUGUACAUCCACGGAUUGUGGAGCGAUUGCACUUGCCGGUUGUCAAGGUCGACGCUUUUCGGGUUUAUGUGGGCAAUGGGGCUUCUCUUCUCUGUGAUACUCAGUGUAUGGAUGUUGAGUUGCUUUUACAAGGAGCUUCCUUCUCCGUUGAUGUAUUCGUCCUCCCUAUCCAUGGUCCCGACGUGGUGUUGGGAGUGCAGUGGCUGCGGUUAUUGGGAAAAGUCACGCACGAUUAUGCCAAAUUGACGAUGGAUUUUUGUUGGAAUGGAUCGCCAGUUACGUUGCAGGGUGACGCAUUAUCACGGCAGCACUUGCAGCAGAAUACUUCGGCUGAUCCUACAUCAAUUGGGGCUGCCCAGUUUUUUAAUUUUUCACAGCGAGUUCCGGAGAUUCUCGCUUGCAUUCGGGCAGAAAAUAAUACUGAGCCUGACCUCAUGCGCCUGCAUGAACUUCAUCGGCAGGGCUCCCUUCCAGCCCCCUUCUCGGUUGUGGAUGGUGUACUUUUUUAUCAAACCCGACUGUGUGUGGGUGCGGCGUCCACCUUACGUACGGAACUUUUACGGGAGUAUCAUGAUUCUCCUAUUGCCGGACAUACGGGUGUUCAUCGUACUUUCUCUCAUCUAGCUGCUGCUUUUUAUUGGCCUUCGAUGCGUAAAGAUGUGCGUGCUUAUGUUGGUCAGUGUGAGAUCUGCCAAAAAGCCAAAUCAUCCACGUUGCCACCAGCGGGUCUCCUUCAACCGCUUCCUGUUCCGCAACGUGUGUGGGAAGACAUAAGCAUGGAUUUUGUUACUGGACUUCCUGUGUCCCGUGGGUUUUCGGUGGUUAUGGUUGUGGUUGAUAGAUUGACCAAAUACACGCAUUUGGGUGCCUUGCCAGCCGCGUAUGAUGCACAUCGGACGACCUUCUUAUUUACGGACAUCGUGGUAAAAUUGCAUGGCAUUCCUCGCAUGAUUGUCUCCGAUCGGGAUAAGAGGGGGUUACGGAAGGGAUGGCGGAGAGAAGAACCAGAGAGGUCCCAGAGAGUUGGCGGCGGCGGUGGUGGAGAAUCGCCGGAGGUGGUGUUGGCAGUCAGGGAUAGGAUACCUGUGGGUUGAAAGAUGGAAAGUUGCAGUGGUAAAAAAGGAAAGUCAAACCGUCAAUUUUACGAACGGAGCACCGGAAGUGCCCCAAAAACCUAGUAGCACCGGAGUGGCACCGUUUUCCGGUGUCACUAGAACCGGGCCGAUAUAUAUAUAUAUUCAAAAAAGAGAAUAUUAAAAAAAGAAAGACAAAUAAUUCCCAAUUAUGGUGAUGGCGGAGAGAAGAACCAGAGAGGUCCCAGAGAGUUGGCGGCGGCGGUGGUGGAGAAUCGCCGGAGGUGGUGUUGGCAGUCAGGGAUAGGAUACCUGUGGGUU